UACGUACUCCAACACUUUACCAAGCAGAGGGAAAGGGCUCAAGGGGGAAUAAAUAAGGUUGGAGCAUGAACAAGACAGAAUUCAUCACUGUUGCGGGAUUUGCCAUACCACUGCUGUUCCACGUGACCCAAACCGAAGUCUGUCCUCCCUCCUGCAGCUGUAAGUCACUGGGAGAAACGAAGGGUUUGCACAUAGACUGCAGCUCCAGGAAGCUGACGACCGUGCCUGCCUUGCCCCGAAACACCAGGAGGCUUUAUCUACAGAACAACAGCCUGACCUCAGUUCCUCCCGGUGCCCUGGACAGCUUGCACAGCCUGGAGGAAGUGAAAAUGUUUGACAAUCCUUGGGCCUGUGACUGUCACAUUCUGUAUCUAAAACUCUGGUUAGAAGACGUCUCUGCACCCUCUCUUGCAAGCGUCAGGUGCGCAACCCCAGCUCCCGUGAGGAUGAAGCCCUUGGGGCAGCUCACUGGGAAUGAGCUGGGGGGUUGUAAGAGGCUUCUCCCAAUCAAGUGUCUUGAGUUCUUUUGGCGAGACAUCAUUUUAAUUGCUGGAGCAAUAAUUACACUUAUUUUAGUAGCAUGGGCUCUGAAAUUUUCAAAAAAGCUGGUCUACCAAAUAAACCUAAGCCAGUACGACUCUAGGGGCUGACUGCUGGGGAGGUGUACCUCCAAAACCCUUGGGAUACAAUAAGCUGUUCACUACAACUAGCUUGAACAGAAACAGCAAACUAUUCUACCACAAAAAAAGCACACGAACUGGCAACACUCAUUUUAAUAUGCUACAAACAGACCCCGGGGAUCAAAGUCUGGGUCCUCAGAUAGGCAAGUUGGAUUUCAUUUCCUUUCAAAAAUAAGCCUGGUGAUGUAUAUUGACAGGCAAGUUUCAUUCUGCUGUCAUCUACUAAUACAAAAAGCAGUUUCUAAAUUAUUAAAAAUCAUUUAACCUAGCAUUUUUCCACUGAAUUCUCAGCCCUUACAGCAAGAAGAUUUACAUCCCUAAAUCCUACACUUUUUAAUAUAUGGCGAUAAACAGCAACUGUACUAUUCUUUUCCCACGCAGAAGCUGUGAGAGUUUGCAACCCGUUACCCCCUCUCAGUGCACCAAUGGGCUUGGUAGGACCAUUCUUGUGUGCAAGCAAAUUCAACCAUCUCUUCCUCAGGUUCAGGAGUUUUCUCCUAGCAAAACAACCAUGAUUAUAUAGACUAGCCACUGAAUGUAUGCCUUACUGAAUAUGCUUAAAGAUGGACGGGUAAUGAGAAUAUAAUCAGUCAAAAGAAUGGUAAAUAUUGUUGAAUUUCCUAGAGAGUGAACAAUAAAAAAGCAUUCUAUGUGAAAUUAAAA